CGGAAGUGAGUUGUUGAGUCACUGCGACUGCCUGCUAGAGCCUUUUGGCUGAGGUGGGAUGAAGCAGAAAAGCAUCUUCAAGGAAUAAAAUAUAAUAAUAAUAACAAUAAUAAUAAUAAUAAUAAUAAUAAUAAUAAUAAUAAUUUAAAUAUAUAUAUAUAUAUAUAUUUUAAUAACUUACAAAUAUAUCAAAUCCAAACGUCGCCAACAUGAUGGAAGAAAUAGACAGAUUUCAAGUGCCGACCGUCCAUUCUGAGAUGCAACCCCUGGACCCGGCAGCCUCUUCCAUCUCUGAGGGUGAUUCAGACACACGAGAGGGGGAGACCGUGGCCAUAAAUUACAAGCCCUCCCCGCUGCAGAUGAAAAUAGAGAAACAGAGAGAGCUGGCCAGAAAGGGGUCCCUGAAGAAUGGAAACGUGGGAAGCCCAGUCAAUCAGCAGCCCAAGAAGAACAACGUCAUGGCCAGAACACGGCUGGUUGUGCCAAACAAAGGCUACUCGUCGCUUGACCAGAGUCCUGACGAGAAGCCUCUGGUGGCUCUGGACACAGACAGUGACGAUGACUUCGACAUGUCCAGAUAUUCUUCGUCAGGAUACUCCUCCGCUGAGCAGAUUAACCAAGACUUGAACAUCCAGCUGCUGAAGGAUGGCUACCGUUUAGACGAGAUCCCUGACGACGAGGACCUCGAUCUCAUCCCCCCCAAGUCUGUGAACCCCACCUGCAUGUGCUGCCAGGCCACCUCCUCCACUGCCUGCCAGAUCCAGUAACCCUCCACCUGAGAGCAGGGGGAGGCUGCAGUGAGUGCACUCUGCCACCAUGCGGCGACAGAGAGCAGGCAGCUCCCACCACUGCUGCACACUUGUAAAAAAAAAAAACCAAACAAACAAAAACAAACUAACAGCCAUUGCUUCCUCCUAUGGUAGGACAUGUACUUAUCUGUGUUUAUAGAGCAGGAGGAACCUAACCUAGAGCCGGUGGCCCAUCCACAACACCACAAAAUAGUUCAGAAGAAAAGGCUUGUUUAUAGUAGGUUUGGUGGUUAGCCAGAGUGACCUUAUGCUCUGCACCUCCUUCUAGUUCACAUGAAUGAGGUUUAUAAACAUUGUUAGAUCAUCUCCCCUUUCCACACCAUCUUUGGAAACUAGUGUCUAAAUGUUUACACUCAUGCAUUUGGUGAGAAAUGUAUAUAUUCAUGCUUUUGUUUCCACUUUGGAACAUAAGAACAUAAAAAAGUUUACGAACGAGAGGAGGC